AAACAGUCAUCACUUGUCACUGUACAACAGCAUGACAAGCCCAUCCCGUCACGUUUCCGCUCCCAAUGCGCCUACUACUUAAGUACUACUCCAAUUUGGAUUUUUGGGUGAUCGUUUUUUCUUCUUGCAAAGUGCCAGCACCUCAAAACCCACAAUUCUAUCUGCUUCAUUUCCAUACAGUUGUUCUGAAUUUGGGGUUGAUUCAUAACUCAGUAAAAUUUAAUUGUUCUUGCUUCUUUUUGUUGUUUUUGGAUAAAAAAAGAGUACUAUUAUGGCUUUCAAUAUGGAGUCUUUGGCUGAGGCAACUUCUGGGGCCAUAGGAUCUUUGCUAAGCACCACUAUUUUGUAUCCUUUGGAUACUUGUAAGAGCAAAUACCAAGCUGAACUUCAAGUUCAUGGUCGGGCCAAAUACAGGAAUACUCUUGAUGUCUUGUUGGAGGCCAUAUCUUCUCGGCAAGUUCUUUCACUCUACCAGGGUCUUGGGACAAAGAAUGUGCAGUCUUUCGUUUCAUCUUUUAUUUACUUCUAUGGAUAUGAUUUCUUCAAGAAACUAUACUUGAAGAAAAGUGGAUUUAAAUCCAUUGGAACUAGAGCUAACUUAAUAAUUGCUGUUGUUGCUGGGGCAUUUACAGUCAUAAUAACCCAGCCUCUGGAUACAGCAUCUUCAAGAAUGCAAACUAGUGAUUUUGGGAAAUCCAAGGGAUUCUGGAAAACCCUCUCGGAGGGCACUUGGAAUGAAGCAUUUGAUGGUCUAGGAAUAUCUAUCAUUCUCACUUCAAAUCCAGCAAUUCAGUACACGGCCUUUGAUCAAUUUAAACAAAGAAUCCUGAAGAAGAAGAUGAAAAGCAAUAGAGGGGUGGAAUCAAGUCCAGAAUCUCUUUCUGCUUUUUCUGCUUUUGUUUUGGGGGCAGUCUCAAAAUGUUUUGCCACCUGCAUUACAUACCCAUUAAUAAGGUGUAAAGUCAUGAUACAAUCUGCUGAAUCAGAAGCAGAGGAUGAAGCGGAGUUAAAAGCCCGAAAAACAAUCUCUGGAUCCCUUCAUGCCAUAUGGAAAAAGGAAGGGCUAAUGGGAUUCUUUAAAGGGUUACAGCCUCAGAUCCUGAAGACUGUUCUAAGCUCAGCACUGCUGUUGAUGAUAAAGGAGAAGAUCUCAAAAACCACAUGGGUUCUGCUUUUAGCAGUGAGGAGAUAUCUGUUCCUAACGAGGGCCAGAUUAAAGAGCUCUUGAAAUUCUCUUACAAGAGCUGAUGUAUGAUUCAGAUGGGACAAUGCAAUUAGCUUGUAGGGCCUUGUUCGAGACACGGAGCGGCCUUUGCAUGAAUAAAAUGUUUCAUCCAAUAGUGUAAUUUUCUUUCAGUUGUCUUUUCUUUUGAAAUGGUAUGUGUCAUAUUAUCUUUUUAUGUCUUCCUGCUGUAUACAGUAAUUACGGUUUUUUGUUUGUCUUUCUUCGAGUUCUACUCUACAAAUCCUAAGGAACGUGAGGAUUUGGUUAUAUUUCUGCUUCUGUUUGCAUUUGCCCUUGUAAUUGACAGUUGUGCAAGGUCUCCAUGUACAUACCGAUAUUCAUUCAGUAGAACUAUACAAUCUCCAAAGCUGUUCACUUUCAGCUUUACAUCUA